CGCCCCGCCCGCCCGCCACGGGGCAUUGAGAAACACCGGGGAUUAAACCCCAAACCCAGAAAUGAGGAAGGUUUUGUUCGUGGAGCCCGUCAUUUUUAUCUACAUAUUUGCAUCUUCUCUGACAAGACCGCUGGCACAGCAGUUCGUCUACCGGCGGCUGUGGGAGAAAGAGUACAACUCCACUUUCAUAAGCAACAGCAAUGUCACUUACUGUGAACAGAAUAAAAGUAGCCCGACUUACAUCAAGCAGAAGGAAGUUCAAGAACAAGCCUCUGUUUUCACUAUGCAGUUGGACUUAACUGGGGCAAUUCCCAGCCUCAUAGUUGCUUUUGUCAUUGUAGCUAAUGGAGAUCGCCAGGGGCGCAAAAGGUCUCUUGUGUUACCAUCAAUUGGAGCAUUGAUUGCUGAUACUUGCCUCACUGUAAUAUCAUAUUUUAAUUUGUCACUAUCUCUCCUGUUUGCUGUUGCAUUUAUUACUGGACUGUUUGGGAGUAUGGCAACUUUCCUUGGAGGAGGCUUUGCUUUUAUAGCAGAUCUGUGUCAUGAUGAGAAGCAGAAAACAACACGAAUAGCUGUGGUGGAUUUGAUUUUUGGAGUUGUAUCUGGAUUGGCAGGACUGUCAUCUGGCUACUUUCUAAGAGAAAUAGGCUUUACAUGGACAUUUGUUACAUCAUCUCUGCUUCAUGUCAUUAAUAUCAUAUAUAUUGUAUUUUUUCUGGGAGAUACAGUAGGUUUAUCUGAACUCCAGCACGAGGCACCAGUAUCCUUUAAAGAACUUCUUAGAGAAACGUUUUCUGGAGUGUACCUGCUUUUCAAAACUGCCCCUUAUAAAAAAAGGAUUUUAAUAAUUAUGUUACUUCUUACAUUUAUGAGUUACCUCUUUACGGUGACUGGCGGGAGUUCGCUUUUUACACUGUAUGAACUGGAUGAGCCACUCUGCUGGAAUGAAGUGUACAUUGGAUAUGGAGCUGCUGCGUCCACUUCAAUUUCCCUGACCAGUUUUUUAGGAGUUUACUUAUUUUCUAAAUAUCUCAAAGACAUUUAUAUCAUCUUUAUCGGGAUAUUUUCUUACAUUGGAGGAAUAGUCAUGGCUGCCUUUGCCAAAACUACUCUGCUCAUGUUUUUAGUAAGAGUGCCAGCUUUGCUCUGCUUUAUGCCUCUUCCUGUUCUCCGAUCCAUGCUGUCGAAAGUAGUUCUCGCUGGCGAACAGGGUGCUGUGUUUGCUUGCAUUGCCUGUUUAGAAGUUGUGACUGGCGCUAUUUCCCUUUCAAUUUUUAACAUUAUCUAUGCAGCUACUGUUGCAUGGUUUUCAGGCUUUAGUUUCCUCCUGUCAGCAGGCCUUUGUCUAAUUCCACUAGCUGUCCUGUGCUGGCUUCUGUGCACAAGCUGGCAAGGGGAAGACUUGGCUCUCCUUACACCUGAAGAAGUAUCCAGCUUAGACAGUGUUGAUAGUUGAACAAAGGAUUCACCCACCUGGGUUUUCUAAUCUGAUGUGUAGUGCAGAGACCAUUAUGUCAUAGAGACCACAGAGAUAACACAACAGUUGCAGAUGCAAUCUCAAAGCAGCCCUGCAGCACUAAGCACUAAACUGGUAGCAAGCACUCUUUAUUCAGUCUUUUUUUUAGCACACAAAUAAAGCUAGCUCUUAACUAUGCAAAUAGGCUGACAGUGGAGAUUUUAAUGCUGCUUUCAGCAUGAAGAAAAAAAAAAUACAUUAGGAUGAUACUCUCCAUUUACCCUUUCUCAAGUUUGAGAUUGUCAGCAGUGGAUUGUGACACAUCUUGUAUCAUUCUAAGUGGGGUGACAGAGAUAAGCUUCUCAACUUAGAGGGUACUGGCAUACUGAUGAAACCAGUGGAGCUCUUGCCAGCUGAGGAUGCAGUCCACUGUGUACACCUUAAAAGGCCUGUCUUAAGGGUAAAGCCCCCAAAUCUGUCUAAAAUUACCAACUAAACUUUGCUUUUUUUGAGAAAGUGACCGAACUGUAGGCAGUGCUUGCACCUGCUGUAAGCAGACUGACUGCUCUGCUGUUAGCAGAGACUGUGCAAGUUUAAUGUAUGAUGUGUGGACCUUGCCUGUGACUUAGUUCUUAAAAUGGAUUUUCACAGGGAACUGUCAUACUUAGAAAAUACCCAGCUUGCCGACUGUGAAGUUAGGCCUAUGCCUACAUUUUGCAGAGGCCACACAUCACAUUUAGUUUUUAUCAUUUUCCAUAUAUUAGAGAUUGCCUACAGGCACAGGCACUUCUAUUUUUUGCCCUAUAGGUAUCUCUUGUUUUCAGGUUAAGUUUGCUGUACUUAGCCUAAAUGUUUCUUCCAGUGAAAAGCUGCAAUAGCAUUUCUUUACAGUGGAUCUUUGAUUAUUUUAACAACCCUGAAAUGAAGUGACUGAAUCUGAAUAAUGGAUCUAAACAUCUUGCAGUGAAUGCACCACAAUGUAUGAGCAACUUGGAUAGCAUUUCUUAUCUUCAAAGCACUUUAUAAAUGCCAUUAAGAACUUCCUUCUAUAAGGGAUAUUACUCUUCCUGGUGCAGAAAGGGAGCCAUUAACAGAGCAGACAAACGACUUGCCCAGGGCCACAGUGCAAACUGCUGAGACUGCCAAACCUAGGAGGCAGUUUCUGCAUAAACUUUCCACCUUUUUCCUUGAGAUCUUGAUGCAGAAAUUAUUUACAGUACUAUCUUCUGGAAUGCACAGCAGAAGUGUGAAUAUAACAUCAUGUUAAGGACAGCUCCCAUGUGUUUUUUUCAGAGAAAGUUUGACAGUCCAUGUUCUGAUCCCUAAAAUUACAGGUAGGUUUUAUGUGACUGUCUUACCCCAAAACAGAUAGGUAGAGAAACCAAAAUAAUGUGAAGUGGUUCACAUUUACAGAAGGAAAACUGUAGGAAAGCAGAUAUAUGGGAACUGACUUCACAUGCACAUAGUUUAUGCUGUAUAAUCAAUGCUCUGCUUACAGCCAUUAAUAUCCAUCCUAUGAACAGAGUAAUUUGCAGAACUUCUCAGUGGUCCUCCACCAAAAAAACGUUAGUUCCACAUCAUCAUGAUACUAUUGUAGAUCUCUUUUUUGUUUGAAUAGCAACAUUAGCUCCAAGCUAUGUGGUCAGAAGCAGUUUGGAAGAAAGCUGAAAUAAAAAUGAGUUUAUACUAUCUAGGUGACCACAGUGCCUGCACUAGUAAAAAACAGUUUAUCUAGGCCAGGGGAAAUGAGUACUUGCACAGCUAACACGUAUAGCCAGCUCUUACACUUCUUAACACUUCCUGAACUACCAAGAGUGAUGUUGGCAAUUAAAGAUUGUUAGCUUUUCCUAAAUAGUUUAGACACUAGCCAGUAAAUAAACCUGCUUAGUUCCUCCCUCGAGGUGCCCAAGCUGCUGCGAACUUGUUGGGAGAGCUAAGUUUUACAAGAGUCAGUGGGUCCAAAACAUAAUGGGCACUCGUCAAGAGAUUAAGAAAACACUGAUGUAAACAAUUUCUGCACAAAGAUGACAUUGUCUCCCUUGCAUCUUCAUUAUGCAGUUAUGUAAGGGUUUAUGAAAUUAACCGUUUCACCCAAAACUGCCUGGAUAAAGCAAAGCAAAUUAAGAAGGGAUGUGUGCCUUCACUUCCCCUUCAAUGCACACCUCUGCGGGCACUCAGGAGGCAACAGCAAAGCAAGCCAAUUGUGCAGUGACAUUGUGUCAGUCCAAAUGAGAACAAGGGCAUACACUUCAGGAAUGGCUUUGUUAUGCUUUGAUUUUGCUGUACAAAGUACUUUUUGUUUGCAAAGUAUUUCUGGUAGACACAGUAUUUAGAACCAGCUGUAAGUUUAGGUCAGAACACAUGAAGCACAAGGACUGUUUUUAAAGUGCCUAGCAUGGUGCAAGCUGAGGAAACCAGGUACUAAUGUGCUUCAGGUUAUUGAAUUAUUGAAUCAAAAUCUUCCAAGUUUAUAAUAGUUCCUAUAUUUGUACAUAAAUA